AUGCGUCUCUCAUCUCUCAUCUCAACCGCUAUUGCGGCACACGCCGCCCUUGCAGCGGCCACAGACACAAACACAACAAGCUCAAGCUCGGAUGCUCUCCCUCCCCUUCCCACUCGCCCUCCCGAGCUGACAAAACCCACACACUUUGCCGUCAUUGAUGGUCCUGCUGUCACUUUCGAGUUCUCAACUCCCCAGCCCCAUCCGAAGAACUGGAUUGGCAUCUGGCAUGAUUACUACGGCGGCCCCGAAAACAACACUUGGAUUCAGGAUCAGCUGACGUGGGCUUGGGCAGAAGGGACCCAUGGUUCCGCACAGGUCGACAUUUCUGAUCUCCCGCCUGGCCGAUACCUGGCCUAUUUCCUGGGCGAGAGAAGCUACAAGUGGCUGGCUCAACCAGUCGAAGUGUUCAUCUCCCGCGCUGACUCUAUGCGGUUCAUACCAGACGACUUCACCACCCAUAAUGGGCGCGUUGGGGAUAGCUUCAGCGCCGAUAUAAGCGGGCUUCUCACCAACGUCAAAAACGGCAACAUCACCUACGCGGUGAUUCCCCCCAGCAAUGCGGACUGGGUAUCCAUCUCGAGCAAGGGCGUCAUAGGGGGCGUGCCCAAGCACUCUGGACUCAGCAAGUUCUCCAUCAGGGCAACCAGCGCCGACAACAACACCGCCGUCCUGCCCGUGGCCGUCCCCGUGGCCCGGCGCCACAAGCCUCUGGUUCGGAGCAUCAGGGUCCUGACGCUCAAUCUCUGGCUAGGCGGCAGGAACGUCAUCGACUACCACAACAAGCAGGUCUCGUUCCUGGCCUCGCAAGACGUCGACGUUGUCGCUCUGCAAGAGAGCUACUUCCACGACGGCCUCCGUCUUGCCAAGGCCCUGGGCUGGAACGCCUGGCAGAGCAAGGACGUCUCCAUCCUCUCCCGGUACCCGAUCGGCCGGGUGUACCGCGAGAUCGAGGCCGGGGGCACCGUCCGCAUCGACCUCGACGGCAGCGACCGGCAGCUCCUCGUGUGGAACGUCCACCUCAACAAUGCCCCCUACGGGCCGUACGACCUGUGCUUCACCAACUACAGCACGAACUACAUCCAGCGGCGCGAGGAGUGGGCGCGCCGCGUCCAGCAAGUCUACGAGAUUGUGCACCGGCUCAAGGAAUACAAGGUCCGCAAGCCAGAGUUUCAGGAGCUCCCCCAGAUCCUGGCCGGCGACUUCAGCUCCCCCUCCCACCUCGACUACAACAAGAAGACGCGCGACUUGCACUGCAAGGGCAGGGAGGACCCCUUUCCCUGGCCCGUCUCGCGGCGUACUGUGCUCGACGGCAAGUGGACAGACUCGUUUCGAGAGGUGUACCGCAACGCUUGGAAGGUCCCGGGCAACACUUGGUCGCCUAUCCGCAAGGUCAACGGCGACAGGCCCGAGCCCAUGGAUCGGAUCGAUUUCAUUUACCACAAGAAAUUGAAGACGCUCCACUCCGACGUCGUCGUCGUCGGCGACCCGAAGCCGGAGCCGUACCAUGCAGAUAACGAGUGGACGUCGGACCAUGCUGCGGUUCUAAGUGAAUUCAAGUUGCCCAAAUGA